AUGAGCAGAAAAAUAAGAUAAGAAAACAGCCAUAUUAUUUACUUUUUCUUAAAUAAGCAGCAUUAUUAACAACUAUUGCCUCUAGAGGUUUAGAAUUUCUAAAAGUGGAUUAGGUUAUUCAAAUUGAUUGUCUUGAUGUUUCAUCCACUUAUUACAUAAAAUUGGAAGAACUGCAAGGUAUAUAAUUGA